AUGACUAUUGGAGGCAUUUCGAAAUUUGAGAAACAAAAUGACAUCUCUGUAAACGUUUAUGGGCUGGAAAUGAAUGUCGCUAAAGAAAAAACAUUUUACGUAACAAUACCGUUAAGGUUGUGUAAAAUUAAAUUAAGUAGACAUGUAAAUUUGCUGAUGGUACAAGAUAAAUAUUUUCCAAAAUUAAAUGAUUAUGAGGCACCUAUUGAGGAUGAUGAAAUUGUAGAUAUCAAAUACCAUUAUUGCAUGAUAAAGAAUCUGUCUCGGCUUUUAUCCAGUCAAACAAGCAACCAUAAACAUAAAAUAUUUGUAUGCGAUAGAUGUCUAAAUUAUUUUAGCAGUUUUGACAGACUAAAUGAUCAUGCAAAAUAUUGUGAGAGAAUCAACGACUGCAAAGUUUCAUUUCCACCAUAUCAACAUGUUGAAUUUAAAAAUCAUGUGUAUAAGCAGACAACGCCUUUUGUUGUCUAUGCAGACUUUGAAGCAAUGCUACAAAAAAUUAAAAAUGGACCGCUUAAAAGUAAAACAAUUAAACAUCAGGAGCAUAAAGCCUUUAGCGCUGGGUAUUAUGUCAAAUGUUCUUAUGAUGAAUCAUUAUCUUUUUAUCGAAGCUACGCAGGUACGGACUGUCUAGACUGGUACGCGAAGGAAAUGUCUGAUUUGGCAAUGUUUGUGAAUGGAAAGAUAAAGCAUAUUGAGCCCAUGAAUAUUAAACCAAACACUAAUGGAGCAACUGAUGGUCAUAUUUGCGAAAAGCCAUUUUUAGAAGAAGAUGUGGUUGUUAAAGAUCAUUUCCACUUUACAGGAGCUUUUCGAGGAUUUGCACACCAAGUGUGUAAUCUUAAUUUUAGAAAACAGUUUGUUGUUCCGAUUUUUUUUCAUAAUCUCAGCGGUUACGACUCGCAUUUCAUGAUAAGACAAUUGGCGAAAAAAGGAAGUAUCAGCCUACUCCCAAUAAACAAGGAAAGAUAUAUUUCCUUUACUCUGAAUGAUACCGAAUCCAAAGUUAGGUUGAGGUUUGUUGAUUCAUUGAGAUUUUUGAAUUCCUCACUAGAUAAACUGGCAACCACAUUAAAUACAGAAGAUUUAAGGUACUUGGCUCGAGAAUUUCCAAAUGCUACCGCAGAACAAAUAGAGUUAUUGAGAAGAAAAGGCGUAUUCCCAUAUGAAUACAUUGAUUCUAUGGAUAGGUUAAAGGAAACACACCUCCCAUCUAUUGAUAAAUUUUAUAGUUCGCUAACAGAUGAAAACAUCUCUAAAGAUAUGUACCACCAUGCGCAAAACGUUUGGCAAUCAUUUGAUAUUAAAAAUAUUUUGGAAUAUAGCUUGUUAUACAUGAAGACUGAUAUAAUGUUGUUAACUUGCAUCUUUGAAAAUUUCCGACAAAAAUGCCGAGGUACAUACGGUCUUGAUCCUGCCUGGUACUACACUAUGCCAGGUUUUUCGUGGGAUGCCAUGCUUAAAUAUACAGGUUGCAAAUUGGAGUUGCUGCAGGAUAUCGAUAAAAUCAUGUUUAUCCAAAAAUCUAUUCGAGGUGGAAUUAGCCAAGUGAGUAAUCGAUACUCGGAGGCUAAUAACAAAUAUAUGCCAUCUUACGACUCCUCAAAGCCCAGCAAGUAUGUGGUGUAUUUAGAUGUCAAUAAUCUUUACGGUUGGGCAAUGUCCCAGUGUUUACCAUAUGCAAAGUUUGAGUUGGUGGACACUAACAUUGAUGUUCUUAGUAUUCCUGACGAUGGUGAUACAGGGUACAUACUACAAGUUGACCUGGAGUACCCAGAACACUUGCAUGAUUUACACAAAGAUUUUCCAUUUUGUUGCGAACAUCAAGUUCCAUCAGGGUCAAAGUUUAAAAAACUUAUGACUACGCUCCAUAAUAAAACGGAGUACACUUUGCAUUACCGUAACCUCAAACAAGCUCUCAAUGCAGGGCUGAAACUAACAAAAAUUCAUAAAGUUUUGAAAUUCCAACAAAGCGCCUGGCUCAAACCAUAUAUCGAUCUUAAUACAAAAUUACGAACUGCAGCAACAACGGCAUUUGAGAAAGAGUUAUACAAAUUAGCUAACAAUGCUAUAUUCGGUAAAACAAUGGAGAACAUACGCAAACACCGCAUAGUAAAGCUUGUUUCUAAGUGGGAGGGGAGAUAUGGAGCCAAAAAUUUAAUUUCCAGCCCUCGAUUUCACAACAGAACAAUUUUUGAUGAAAAUCUAAUGACAAUCGAGCUAAAUAAAACAUAUCUAACAUUCAACAAACCAUUGUAUAUUGGAAUGUCUAUUCUAGACAUAUCUAAAGUCUGCAUGUAUGAUUUUCAUUAUAAUUUCAUGUUACCAACUGUUGGAAUUGAAAAUUUAAAACUGAUGUAUGGGGAUACAGAUAGUUUUGUCUAUGAUGUAACAUGUGACGACGUUUACAGGGAUGUCAUUCAAACAAAUCUAUCUAAAUUCGACACAUCGGACUAUGCCGAGGAUAACCCCUAUAACAUGCCACAAGUCAAUAAAAAAGUGCUUGGUUUAAUGAAGGAUGAGGCUAAUGGGCGCAUCAUUACUCAUUUUGUAGGACUUAGAUCGAAAAUGUACCCGUUUAAACUGCAAUACACAAACGAGGAGCGGCAGACCUUGUGGCAAAAAUACAAAAAUACCAUGGAUGAUGCCACUAUUGAAAAGAUUGUAAAUAACUUGGGCGUUACGAAAAAAUCUAAAGGGUUUAAGUAUUCGGUUGUAAAAAAUACCAUCACAUUUGAGGAUUACGUGGAGUGCCUAAAAGAAUUUACCACAAAAAGCGUUACACAAUCAACAUUUCGUUCCUACGCACACAACAUGUUUACAAUCACGCAAGAAAAAAUAGCACUUAAUCCUUAUGAUGACAAGCGAUGUUUGCAAAAAGACUCAUAUGAUACGUUACCGUGGGGUCACUAUGCCACUACAAUGAUUGAAUAA